AGGCAUGAUGAUGAUGGGCUUCUAUACCCACGCAUUAACUGCGUGGUUCAUUUUGCUGGUCCAUUCAUUUAGGGUUUCUCUUGCCGCCAACUCGGAAGGUGAUGCCUUGAAUAGCUUUAAGACAAACUUACAAGACCCUAACCGCGUGUUGCAAAGUUGGGACAAUAACCUUAUUAAUCCUUGCACUUGGUUCCAUGUCACAUGCGACGACCAGAAUAGGGUCACACGAGUGGAGGUAUACAACAAUAGCAUAAGUGGACAAAUUCCACCGGAAUUGGGGGAUCUAACAAAUUUGAUCAGCUUAGAUCUGUACGGGAACAGCUUAACUGGUCCCAUUCCCGCCUCAUUGGGCAAACUUUCAAAACUCCGAUUCCUCCGCCUCAAUAACAAUAGCUUGUCCGGUUCCAUUCCCGUGGAGUUAACACAGACAUGGGGUCUCAGUGUCCUGGAUCUAUCAAACAACCGGUUCUUUUAGCGGGUUUACCCCUAUCAGCUUUGGGAACAACCCGGAUCUUUGUUUUCCUACCAUGGAACAUCCUUGUUAAUGGAAUGGGAGAAUUGCAGGGGAAGAUGAACGCAUUAGUUGUGUGGCUCAUUCUGCUGCUUCAUUCAUUUAGGGUUUCUGUUGCCAACUCGGAAGGUGAUGCUUUGCAUAGCUUAAGGGCAAACCUAAGAGACCCUAACAAUGUGUUGCAGAGUUGGGACCUACCCUUAUUAAUCCUUGCACUUGGUUCCAUGUCACUUGCAACAACGACAAUAAUGUGAUACGAGUUGAUCUUGGAAAUGCAGCUUUAUCUGGUCAAUUAGUUCCUCAGAUUGGGUUAUUGAAGAAUUUGCAGUACUUGGAGCUAUACAGCAAUAACAUAAGUGGACAAAU